AUGGCCGAGGUCUUAGGGCUUGUGGCCAGCCUUAUCGCUAUUGGCCAAGCUCUGGCAACCAUCCCAAAGACCAUUGAUGCCUUACGAAAUCUCCGAGAUGCCAAGAAUGAGAUCACAACUCUCAUCAGCGAGCUAGAGAUGCUUCACCACGCAAAAGAAUACAUAGACAAUGCAAUCAAUAACGUACCAGUACCAGACGAAUCAGCGGCUAUUCUCACCACCGAACCCGAUUUCUGCCAUACUAUCCGGAUACAGCUGGACGGUGUGAUGGGCCAUGCAAGAAAGCUCAUAUCGGAUUGCCACAGAGGUACAGACCAAGCGGGGAAUCCCCGAAAGUCUCGCCUGAAAUGGAUUUGGCACCGGAAAAAGAUUGGCAGUAUAUGUGCGGCUGCUCGGGAGGCUCGUCGAGACCUUCAGCUGGUACUCGAUGGCCAUAUAGCGUUUACACAACAAACAAGCGGAAAGGCAACGCUCGAGUUUCAGAAAGAAGUAACAGCCUCACUUGUCGCGGGACAGGAUCACUUACAGCAUAUUAACGAACAAUUAUCGCAGCUUUCAAGGGAAUUUAAACAAAAUGUGUUAGUACGAGGUUAUGAGCCUAAGCAGUUGAACAGCAAUGCUUAUGGCUCUGAUCCAGACGCGACUGGACAGAUUACAGGCAAUAAAGAAACACCUCAAUCCGUUCAAGUACCAUCUAUAGUCACAGAAGUAAUGCGCCAGGGGUCUACAGAGAUUACUUCGCAAUCGACAGAAAUCAACUCAGCAGCAUCUGGGACACUACGUCGUCGCCAAGUAUCGAUACGAACAGGGCCACUGAUGGAUUGGUAUUGCAAACACGUCUGUUAUUGUCCAUGUCACGCGAGGUCCAACGCUGGCUGGGCUUGGAACACCCUGGACAUCCUGAAGAUCAGAAUCGAUGGAAAGCCCUUGACAGCACUUCAAUGCGGUUGUGUAGGAUCUAACUAUCUUCAACACAAGGCCCCGGGGAUGAGUAUCGACUACCAACUUCCUAACUGGUUUCAACCUCGGCUUAACUUCCAGCUACAUGGUGAGCUGAAACUGAGUUCCAAUAUUUCCCUAAGCUUUAAGGCCCGGAGAUUGAUUUUCUCUGACAAUUCCAUCUGGGAAUCCGUUCGCUCUGACGACAUGAGUAUAUUGCUUAGCAUAACGAGAACUGAAUCCCUUGUGCCGAGUGAUGUUAUAGAUGAGAGAGGAAACAGUCUAAUCUUUGUUGCUCUCCUUUCGCGCCAGUUUGACAUGGUCCAAGAACUGCUCCACAUGGGCUGCCCUAUCGAUGAACAGACCGCUGGACUAGCCCGAGAGAUUCUUGAAUCACGAUAUGACCGUCAGAAUUGGCCCAAGAAACAUCUCCAAAUCUUAUGCGCCCUGAGCGAUGAUGGUGGUAAAUUGUUUCUGAAGCCAUCCGAUUCAACACCCCUUCACGCUGCAGCUAAAGGGCUUCUGGAUAUGGAGUCAAAGGGAGCGGUUGAGAAUGACUAUCUCGAUUCAAAAGACGAUAGUGGCAAGACUGCAUUGCACUGGGCAUGUGAAGCAGACAACAUUACAGCAACCAGCUAUCUUCUUCGCUCUGGAGCGAGUGUCAACGUCAAAGAUAAGGAUGGCGUCACCCCUCUGAUGGUAGCCGCGAGUCGAAGCAGUGUACAGUGCACUCGAGCACUGCUGGAAUACAAUGAAUGCAGUAUUGAACCUGCCAACAAGCAAGGAAGGUCUGCUCUCCAUUUCGCAGCAUUGUCGCCACAGGUCAAUGGACACUAUUUCAUCAGGCUUCUCCUAGAACAGGGUGCAGAUCCAAACUCAACAACGGCAGGGGGUGAAACACCACUACAUGAGAUAGCCUCGUCCUAUACAUCUUUUCUAUCAGUCGAAGAGAUACAACAACGCAUACAAGCGCUGAUGAAUGCUGGUGCUAUAUUGGAUGCUUCUGACAAGUGGAAUUAUACCCCAGCACUGCAAGCUGCAGCAGAGAAUAACCACACCGCCCUUGGCGUAUUGCUUAGUUUGGGUGCGCGUAUAGAUAGGUUCGACUGUGAUUUACAAGGCUUUCUUCACCUUACAGCAUUGUAUGGUGACAAAGGGACUAUUAACAUUCUCCGCGAGGCAGAAAUUGCCACUCUUGAUGUUGAGAGCCUAGACUACCAGCGUCACAAACCGGCCGACUUAUUCAGAUGGCGUUCGACCGGAGAGAUGUCAGCGUGGCUAGCAGCGACAAGCGACGAAGAAAAAGUACACUUCACGCUGCUCCUCUCCGAGAUCAGCAAACGAAACCUGGCUGUUGAUAUCAGCUGUUGCAAAGCGGUUGCUGAUGCACUUGAGCUUGGACAAUACCAUCUAGCUAUCUGUCUACUUAAGAGGCUCAUCAAUAAGUAUGCAGAUUGGGUCAAAGGAGAAGAGUUCGAGGUAUUCAGAGAGAUCAAGAUUGACAUUGAGAAUCGGAGGGUUGAAGCUGCGAUGACUUCGCUACAAAACACGUCUGUGGAGUGGACUGCACGCAUGGAUAGAUUAAGCGUUUAA